AUGGCAGCCUUGGUGGCGGCAUACUCGGACAGCGACGAUGAUUCGGGGGACGAGUCGACGCAGGCGGUGACCGCGGUAAUGGGGGCGAAAGAGGUGGCAAAGGUAGCUCAGGCGACGCAGGCAGCCGAGUCACCGGUGGCUGCUCCGCGUCGAGGUGGCUUGGGUUUGCCGCCUCCACAGCACGGUGGCAAAGCUUCGAGUGCAUCAGUUGGCUUGCGAUUGCCGCCGCCCCGAGGCGCUACCGCCAGCACCGGCACCGAUGUCAGCGCCAAGCGCAAGGCCACAGUCACUGGUGGCGUGGCGCGUCGUGCCAAGAAAACCAACAUCUCGGACAAGCGCAAGCUCCUUCUCGCUGUGCCAGAACUUGAGGAUCCGGAUAGCGACGAGGAGGAUCCGUCCCACAAACCUGUUGCAGCCGACGCGCCAAAGGCUCGCAAUGUGAUCGAUCUGCUGCCCGCACCCAAAAGCGGCAAACCUUCGGGCCGCCUUGCUCUAGACACUAAAACCAUUGUCAAGAGCGAUGUGCCAGCGUCGCAAACUGAAGCACCACAGAGCAAGCCCGCAAGUCAGCUGGUACCCGCGUCUGUACUGCGCCGCCAGCGCCACCAGGCGGAUGCUUCAGCCAGUACCACCUCGGCCGCCUCCUUCCUGGACACGGAGGAAGCUGCUCAUGAUGAAGGUGGCUUUUUCAGCUUUGGCAACUCAGCUCCAGCGGCCACGGCCAAAUCAGCCGCCACAACACCGGCAACCAACCCGCCGCCUUCUGCAGCACCGCGGGCAACGCCCGCGGCGCCCGCAGCCCCAGUUCGAUACGGCUAUGGCCAAGCACAUGUCGCCAAUACAGCUCCACAGCCGCAAUCCUACGGUUACGGUCACGUGACUCCAAACUCGGCCUACGCCUACGGCGCCCCGGCCGCCCAGUACGCCGCUGUGGGUCAGCAACAAUCAAGCAUGGGGUCUGCGAGUGAAGCCGCUUACCACCAAUCUUUCGCGGCCCCACCAACAGACGAGAUGGCUGAUUUUGGAGGCGUUGAGCUUGCCAAACUGGUGAAACGAGAUCGAGGCAUGGGUGCCAACGUCAACAUUGUCGACUUCAACGAUAAGGAACGGCGAGAAGCCAACAACGAUUGGCGCCGAAGUGUAGCUGGCACCAAAGAGGCGCAGGCUCCCACCAAAACCCCAAACAUUGCGGGUUCUGCCAAGCAUCGAUCGCAGCUUAGCUAUCUGGCACAACAAGCGCAAGCUCAUCAGCAAGAAAUCUCAAACUUUUGGGCUGCCGGCCACGAGGCGCGCCGCAAUGCCAAGAUGCGCUAUGGUUUUUAG